GCUGCAUGUUUGCACUCCUCUGUUCCCAGUGGACAUCACAGGCACAGGCACACACCCUGUAAUGACCCUCAGUUGAAGGUGACUUUCUUUUACUUGCAGUGUGUUUAAUGCCCGCUGUUACAAAUACGUUCUUCAUUUGGUCAAUUCUAUCCAGUGUAUGUCCACUUCUACAACAUUACACUGAUAUUUUUUGUGAUAAUCCUAAAUCUCAUCUCUCUACUGGAUCAUAAAACUGGUUCAGUGUUGUUUAACGAUUUGGCCACCUGGCUCUCUGCCCACUCCUACAUCCUGCUUUUCACUCAAGGAGGCUUUCAGGGGAGGUGCUUUGGGUGGAUCCCUCAUGUUUAAUGUUUUAUCCCGUUCCCUAUAUCCCAUGGCCGUUUGUUCCUGCCGCGGACUUGAGAAGGGAAGAACAGUAUUGUCACGCCUGGAUGGUUUUACGCACACCGUCCGUCAAGUGAACUACAGCCGCCGGGGUUUAAAGAAGUUUGCAUGAUAUUGUGGAGAGACCAUCCGCCCGCGUGGACUGUCCUGUGCUGAACAUCAAGCAUUGCCGCAGCAACACAAGCACCUUGCUGAAAUGGGCGUGUACGGAGAAAGCGGGGAGCACUUGGAAACCAGACUCAAGUGAGAGAGUUUCUCCUGGUAGCAUCACUCAGGGACACUUCCCCCUUCCAAACCGCAGUUAUAGAGGUCUACCUCGUGAUGCGUAAAUGGAUUCAUUUUGUCUCUGUCCAUUGUGUUUCUGCAGGGCAGUGAGGAAAGUUGAUGGAGUUAAACUCAUUAUGUGAGCUCCAAAAAAACAAACUGGACGUGAAGCACCCAGAGUAACUAAAAAGUUGUCUAAAUUACUUCGAGGUUUAUAAUCUUUUUUUUUUUGAUUUCUAAAAAGAAAGUGUUGUGAAGCCCAACUCCCAUCACCUUCCCCGGGGUCAUUCCAUUUGAAUGGUCCUAAAGUGUUAAUUUCUUUAAAGAAAUAUUUUAGGAGGAUGGACCCUGCCUGCGGGAAAGUGGGGACGGCGUCUUUGGUCGCCGGCGGCGGAACCGGCGUGAGUGCGAAGGCACCCAAACAUCUGUGGAGGCAGCAGAACCAGCCAGCGCUCUCUCCGCUCCACCACGCGCUGGUAGUGCGCAAGAACGAGCGAGUGAGACAAAGAGGCUUUUCGGACACCGAGAGAUACCUCAACCCGAUGAACAUGGACCGGACUUACGCUGUGGACACGGGGCACCGACCCGGGCUGAAGAAAUCCAGGAUGUCGUGGCCGUCGUCGUUUCAAGGUCUUCGACGUUUUGAUGUGGACAAUGGCACGUCAUCAGGUCGCAGCCCCCUGGACCCAAUGGCCAGCCCGGGCUCAGGCCUCAUCCUGCAGGCCAAUUUUGUCCACAGCCAACGGAGAGAGUCGUUCCUGUACCGCUCCGACAGUGACUACGACCUCUCACCCAAGUCUAUGUCCCGAAACUCCUCUAUUGCCAGUGACAUUCAUGGUGACGAUAUGAUUGUAACACCAUUUGCACAGGUUCUUGCCAGCUUGAGAACUGUACGAAACAACUUUGGUGCAUUAACUAAUCUACAGCAAGACAGAGCAUCCAAUAAGAGAUCACCCAUGUGUAACCCACCACCCAUCACCAAGACCACCUUUACAGAGGAGGCCUACCAGAAACUGGCCACUGAGACCCUGGAGGAGCUGGACUGGUGUCUGGACCAGCUGGAGACGCUGCAGACAAGACACUCGGUCAGCGAGAUGGCCUCCAACAAGUUCAAGAGGAUGUUAAACAGGGAGCUGACUCACCUAUCAGAGAUGAGCCGCUCUGGAAACCAGGUGUCUGAGUUCAUCUCCAGCACCUUUCUGGACAAACAACAUGAAGUGGAGAUGCCAUCCCCUCAGACGCAGAAGGAGAAGGAGAAGAAGAACAAGCCCAUGUCUCAGAUCAGCGGGGUGAAAAAGCUGCAACACUCCUCCAGCCUCACAAACUCUAAUAUCCCUCGCUUUGGAGUCAAGACCGAGACAGAGGAUGAACUCGCUAAGGAGCUGGAGCAUGUGAAUAAAUGGGGCCUUAACGUUUUUAAAAUCUCAGAGUUCUCUGGGAAUCGGCCACUGACAGUCAUGAUGUACACGAUAUUCCAGGAGAGAGACUUGUUAAAAACUUUUAAAAUUCCACUUGACACCUUUAUAACAUACCUGAUGACCUUAGAAGACCAUUACCAUGGCGAUGUGGCCUACCAUAACAACAUUCAUGCUGCUGACGUCACCCAGUCAACUCACGUGCUGCUAUCGACCCCCGCCCUCGAGGUGUGUGCACACACACACAAAGCUGUGUUCACAGACCUCGAGAUUCUAGCUGCCAUCUUUGCCAGUGCAAUUCACGACGUGGACCAUCCUGGAGUCUCCAACCAGUUCCUCAUCAACACCAAUUCAGAGCUAGCGUUGAUGUACAAUGACUCAUCGGUGUUGGAGAACCACCAUCUAGCAGUUGGUUUCAAGCUUCUACAAGAGGAGAACUGUGAUAUCUUCCAAAACUUGACCAAAAAACAAAGACAAUCACUGCGGAAGAUGGUCAUUGACAUUGUGCUAGCGACAGACAUGUCCAAGCACAUGAAUCUACUGGCUGAUCUGAAAACUAUGGUGGAAACCAAGAAGGUGACCAGCUCUGGUGUCUUGCUCCUGGACAACUACUCUGACAGGAUACAGGUUCUCCAGAACAUGGUGCACUGUGCAGACCUGAGCAACCCCACUAAGCCUCUCCAGCUUUACCGGCAGUGGACGGACCGCAUCAUGGAGGAGUUCUUCAGCCAGGGUGACCGAGAGAGGGAGAGGGGCAUGGAGAUCAGCCCCAUGUGUGACAAACACAACGCCUCUGUAGAAAAGACUCAGGUUGGUUUCAUAGACUAUAUCGUUCACCCUUUGUGGGAGACAUGGGCUGACCUGGUCCACCCGGACGCCCAGGACAUCCUGGACACGUUGGAAGACAAUAGGGAGUGGUACCAAAGCACCAUCCCCCAAAGCCCCUCUCCUGCCUUGGACGAGUCUGAAGACGGCACUCGACCCCCAGGAGGGGACAAGUUCCAAUUUGAGCUCACCCUGGAGGAGGACGGGGAGUCGGACACUGAAAAAGACAGCGGCAGCCAGCCGGAGGAGGAGGACGAGGAGGAGGAAGAGGAAGAUGAGGAAAACAGCUGUACUGACUCUAAAACACUCUGUACGCAGGACUCUGAAUCAACAGAGAUUCCUUUGGACGAACAGGUGGGGGAGGAUGAAGAGGAGGAGGUAGCGGAAGAGGGUGAGACACCCUGCUCACAACCAUGUGUCGCGGAGGAAGAGGUAGCAGAGAAGGAGGAGAAGAAAGAGAAAACCCCACACACAUAGCAGUUUAUGGACAGCAACUGUUCUUCUUAGUAAUGACAGAUGAUUAUUUAUAGAAUAUUUUUUGGGUUUUGUGAAGUCUGUCUGUGUUUUUUAUACAUCUAUGUUUAUGGUUCCAAAGCGUGCGCUGCUCUCCACCUUGGCCAGUCCUCCUAUCAGCUUUGUUCAGACACGCCCACCGGUACUUCUUCAAGUUUUUUUGCACUCAGGAAAACUCCUUUCCAUUCCUGUUUUUUACUGAAGUGGUGUGUGUUUAUUUCACUAUUACAUCUCCCCUUUACAAGCCUAAGUUCAGGACAUGGACGAGCAGUUCACAAUCUGCUCAGUGCUGUUCACAUGAUACAUAAUAUCACAUUUUCCUUCCCUCCACUUCGUCUCAGCCUUGCCUGAAAGUUUAGCAGUGUUUCUGUGUUUUAUCAAGUGCCCAUACUCUACAGAGACGGUUAUCGGUGUGUUCAAGGAGAAUCUCCCUCUCGGUUAGGUCAUUUCCUCCCCACUGCGAAUUAGGAGGCAUUUUAUGCUGCCGUUCCGCUGAAAACCUGAUGGGAUGCCGCAGAGAUGAAAGCUGCAGCACACUGGGGAGCUUUUUGAGACACAUUUCUGAUGUGGAAGUCUUCCUUGAAAACCUGACUGAUACAAAGCUCAAAUCUAAACAGCCAUGAUGCUGUCCUAGACCUCUUUAAUUUUUGUAUUGUACUGUAUGUAAGACUCUAUUUUCUAGAAUUUACUUUUACAAUCCUAGGCUUUCUUUUGUUAGUAAAGAUGAUUAGAGAACUUUUGGAAACCAAUGGGGAGAAAUGUGUCACAGAUAUUCAGUGUUUUGAAGGGGUAUCUUCAGAGCUGGAUUGCAUUAGGAGUGUUCUGAAGUGUUUGCACUUGCUCCAAUAGCAUUUAUACUACUAUUUCCAAGCCACUAUACUUAUAUUUGGUUAGUCCUGUGAGUUGAAAUUUGGAAUUUAUUCAUAAUAGCCAUUUUUUUGGAGAUAGUUUUCAAUGAGAAAGGAAGCAGGAAUCUGACUCUCAUUGAAAUUGUUUGUGGUGUGGAUGAAGCCUUUGAAUUUUAUUAUUGUUGCCUGCAGUUCUUUUGAACACAUCCUAAGACAAUGCAAUGCUUUGUAGUUGAUACAAAAAGCACCUUUUUUAGAAGCUUGAUUAGUGCUCCGAGUAUACAGGAAUAGUAAUGGUGUUAAAAAACUACUGGGGUGAUUUUAUACCAAUGUUAUGAAAGCUUUUAUUGUCCAUUCUUUUAUUUUUCUUGCCCAUUUUGUUUGACGUACACAUCACCAACAUUUUCUGUUAAGCUAUAUGAAUUUUUCAUCAAAAUAAUGCUUAAUUUUGCCGUCACAUCAAACCCAGUUGCUGUCUUUGUUUUCGACAAGACAAUCAGCUCAGCUCAUCUUGCGUAGUCAUCAGAUAAUACUAUCUUCUACAUAGAUACUCUAAUGCACUGAUAUAUUCAUAUAUCACCACUUUUUAAUAUGUUUGAACUCGCCAAAACACUCACUCAUGAAUACUUAGACUUGAACAGUGCUGUCUUACACCUCAGCCAAGAGUCUCUUCCUCAUUUUUCACUUUACACCUGAUGCUAUUAUUUAUUGGUAUAUUUUUCUAUUUGUUGAAUUGUUUUUGCAAUAUAAAGGUGGUACAGUAAAUAUUUCACUGUAGCAUAGACCACAGUACAGGCUUGCCAGUUACAAUACCCAAAUAUAGGUUUUUUUCUUUCUGUGUACAUAAAAUAUAGAAAAUCAACAAAUGUAAAAAAAACAAACAAAAAAAUCACACACUUGAAAUACUGCACACUGCUUUUUAAUUGUGUGUCAUUUCAAAACUAUUUAUUUAAUCUUUCAUUUUGUGCCAAGAUUUUUUUUCCUCUCUAUUUCUUUCUCUUCUUUUUUUCCUCACCCAAUGCCCUUACCUGUAAUAAAAUGUUCUGGUUUUAUCGCUGUUUACAAACAUAUAUUUAUUGUGCUGUAUAUAAUAUAUAAUUAUUAAUGUUAUUACUAUCAUAAUGCCGUUUGUCGUAAAUGGUUGAUUCUUAUCAUCCCUUUUGGUGAUGGUGUGGCUGUAUUACGUACCUCUUGUUGAGAGAAUGUUUAUUACACAUGAGCUUCAGUGUAAAAAUGAUCCAUCGACAUGUUGCUUAUCUGAGAACUAGCUCAGUGAAGAGAGGGGGAAAGCCAAAUUGUUUUUUAAAAAGAAACUGUUCCUUGGCCCAUGGGCUGUGCCUUAAAUUCAACGCAUGUCAUUUACGUUAGCCUUUUUUUUUUCCUAUUUUAUUUUCUAGUUCUCUUUUGCUGCAUUAGUGAAUCUUUUGGCUUGGGUUGGCCUGAUCUCCAGUUGUGAAUUUGAAAAUGUUGCCUUUUUACUAUCACAGCCAAACACAAAUUGCUCGAUCGAAAACGUGGUCCUGGGUAAUAUGUUGUCAGUGCAGAAGCUUGCAGAGAUUCAGGUCAACCACAAGUCAUAGAUUUACUACUUGAGUGAUGUGUGGCCUAUAGCCGGAUGUCCAAGAGUCGAAUUUGCUGUAGACCUGGUCUGAACAACUCGCACCUUCCUUACACCCUGCCGCUACACUCAAAAAUGUGACACCCUGUCGGAUGUAAACGAUACAGGAGUAACUUUGCUGUGUCUGUGCAGAGUUGCAGUGGCGUCUACAUCCACGUGGUUGUAUCACAGCUACAAACACUGAAUGGGGUGCAACAGCAGUGUGUAGUUGCUGCUCGUCCACGGCCUACGAAGCAUAUAGGCUUUGAGACACAUCUGCAUGUUCAGCCACUGCUGCAUUAAUUAUGGCUUGAACACUGACAGUGUGUUGCUUAUCUAUGCUCGGCCCACACUCCACUCACAUUACUUGCAAUAUCCAAAACCACUGACAUUUUUCUGCCUGGACAGAAGAAGGGUUUAGUAUAUUUCUGUAGUGAAUGGGGGGUGGGGGGAUAGGGGUUUGGGUGAGUGCAUCAUUGUCCCGAAACAGGGACUCUUAUUUUGACACACAUACUGUAGAUUAUAAACAGCCCUGGACCAAUGGAAACAGUGGGUUCUUUUCUCAUUAUGUGUUCUAUUUUUAUGGUAUGAAAGAAAAACACAAACUGUAACUUAAAAAAAGGUCUUCAGGACAAUUAUUUUUUGGGUUAUGUCUUUAGAAUGCCAACUUGUCUGGAAGUUUCACAAGACAAUUAAAAUGUUAUUUUAAUGGAUUCCUUGUUAAUUGCAGUCUAUUGGAUAGCACUGUAGAUCAUACAACUUUAUGUAAAAAAACAAAUAAAAAGAAUGAAAAAAAAGUUUUUAUAUGCAAUGAAUUAAAUAAAAGCAUGGGUUGAUUCUGCCUA